AUGGUCCAGAAGCUGACCGAGAAGAGCGCGACUCUGGUGAUGGAGAAGACCGCGGCUCCGGUGGCGGUCGGCUUUGUCUUACCUGCGUUUGGAGCUGAAGGUGAGCCGGCAACAUGGCAUGGCAAUGAGAUUCCAGCUGGCUAUGCUCGUGUCGGGGUGGAUUCAGUUGUACCGUCGUGGGAGACAUUGCAGCUCGUAAUCCCUGGAGGUGAUGGUCAGGUUACACUCGGAGACGUACUAGGAGAAAUCAUUCUUUGGGAAAAGAAAAACAUCAAGCUUCCAGGUUGGGUAGCCCCUAGUACUAGUCGUCCCAGGUCACCAUCACCUCCUCCAAGUGAUCGCAGGACACCAUCACCUCUUCCGACUGAUCACAUGUCGCCACCAUCACCCUAUGGGUACGACCAUGACAUCCGUAGUCCAUCUCCAUCUCCAGCGCCGCCGCCUGCGCCCACUAAGACUCGGAAUGCACCCAGCCGGAAGCGUUUCAAGAGUCCUGUCCGCAAGCGGUCGCCCCUCCCAACAGUACCAAAGGUUCCUCCCCCCCGUCCUUACGAUCGUACUAAAGAGGAAAAUGAGGCCAUUGUAAAGAAACACGUGCAUGAACAGCUUCAUAAGGAAAAACCUCCAGCGCCAGCGCCAUACACCGAGAAGCAAAAAGGAUAUGCUCUUGAUUUUCUGAACACACCAUCGCAAUAUGACUUACACGAGAAGAAGGAUGACUACACACGCACACUUGCGAGGGUAAUUGAGGACAAGGGCACUGCUAAGAAGAAGGAUAGUGCUAGCACGAGCAAAUCAUCAGCUAGAAGUGUAGCCGGGAAGAAAUCAAGUUCAACAAGUGCACCCCUCAAGGCCAAGCAAGCAGCGACAACGGGCAGAAAAAGAAAGGAAAUUCCCCAGCUCGGAGAACAGGCCAAACAAUCGAUCCCACCACUCAAAGUGUCAGAUGUUCCCUCGGUGUACCAGGAACAUGGUGAUUUCGAUCUGGAAGCAGCUGCGGCGCUAGCGGCUCAAGUUGGCUGUACCGUGGAGGAAUUGCUGAGUGCCCAUGAUGCAGUACUACCCAUUGCUGAUAUAGCUCCUAAAUUUGUCUAUGGGGCCGACUUGGUCAGCAAAGAGCGGCUGCAUAAACUGCCAACGCAUAUGCGGAAUUUGCAUCAGUGGUACCUUGAUGCGUGCAAGGAGAACACAAGUUACAUCGUGGCGGAUAUCGCAGAAGAUUAUUACUUCCGAAAGGAGGAGAUCCAUAUUGAGAUGAAUGAACUCUGGCAGUUAUUCAAUUUAGAUGCCCUCGACAAAUCUCUCAUGAGUUGCUACUGCUUACUGAAGAUCAUUGAAUGCAGAAGUAAUAAGAUGUUCAAUGUUGGGUUUGUUGACCCAGAUAAAGUACAUCAUGACACGGUAAAGAAUAAUGUCGAAGAAACGGGGGGAAACCUACUAAGGUUUAUAGGGGAGCAAAGCUUCUGUGAUUCAAUACUGUUUCCUUACAACUACAGUUUCCACUGGAUUCUGCUAAAUAUUCAAGUUGAUAAGGGAAUAGUUGAAGUAAGGGACCCAUUGAGUAGAGGCCUGGACGGGUUCCGCGACUUCCAGAACAUUCUCCAGAGGUAA